GAGAGAGAGAGCCACAGUUCCCUCUGUGUUUUCGGCCGUCUGCGCAUGGAGUCGCUCUCGCUUUCCUCCAGUUCACCAUUUCCGUUCUUCUCUUCGUUCUCCUCGAGCCAGACAACGACAAAAACGCGAACCUCUCUCGCAUUCACGCACAGAUCGAUUUUUACUCCCAGAGCCACCAUGGACUUGUCUUCUCAAAACGAUGCUAAGCCCAAGGAGGCAAAGCUCUGGGGUGGAAGAUUCGAGAAAGGCGUGACCGAUGUUGUUGAGAAGUUCACCGAGUCCAUAUCAUUCGAUAAAGCUCUCUACAAGCAUGACAUCAUGGGUAGCAAGGCCCACGCUUCUAUGCUAGCCAAACAAGGCUUGAUCAGCGAGUGUGAUCGGGACAGAAUCCUGCAAGGUCUCGAUGAAAUUGAGAGACGCAUUGAGUCCGGUUUGUUCGAGUGGAGGAUGGACAGAGAGGACGUGCAUAUGAACAUUGAAGCUGCGCUUACUGAGAUGAUUGGUGAGCCUGCAAAGAAACUUCACACGGCACGGAGCCGAAAUGAUCAAGUUUUGACAGAUUUUCGCCUAUGGUGCCGAGAUGCUAUUGAUCGCAUUGUUCCAUGCAUCAAAAGUCUGCAGGUGGCCUUGGUGAAUCUGGCUCUGGACAACGAGGGGCUUAUUGUUCCUGGUUACACGCAUCUUCAGAGAGCACAACCGGUUCUGUUGCCGCAUCUUCUAUUAGCUUUUGUUGAGCAGCUUGAACGUGAUGCUGGACGUCUACUCGAUUGCAGAGCAAGGCUGAAUUUUUGCCCCCUAGGUGCAUGUGCACUGGCCGGCACUGGUCUUCCCAUUGACAGGUUUAUGACUUCUGAUGCUUUAGGAUUCACUGCUCCCAUGAGAAAUAGUAUUGAUGCAGUGUCCGAUCGGGAUUUUGUCUUGGAGUUUCUUUCUGCUAAUUCUAUUAUAGCCAUCCAUCUUUCUCGGCUUGGUGAAGAAUGGGUAUUGUGGGCUUCUGAGGAGUUUGGAUUUAUCACACCAAGUGACUCUGUUUCAACUGGAAGUAGCAUAAUGCCUCAGAAGAAAAAUCCAGAUCCGAUGGAACUUGUUCGAGGAAAGUCUGCUAGAGUUAUAGGCGACCUGGUCACCCUUUUAACGCUGUGCAAAGGACUUCCUCUUGCUUAUAAUCGGGAUUUGCAGGAGGACAAGGAGCCUGUAUUUGACAGUGUUAAGACUAUCAUAGGGAUGCUUGAAGUUUCAGCAGAGUUUGCACAGAACAUCAGCUUUAACCUGGAGAAAAUUCAAAAAUCUUUGCCUGCUGGCCAUCUUGAUGCGACAACACUUGCUGAUUAUCUCGUAAAGAAGGGAAUGCCUUUCAGAACUUCACAUGAUGUGGUUGGAAGGUCUGUUGCCUUGUGUGUGUACAAAAACUGUCAGCUUCAAGAUUUGAGUCUUGAAGAUAUGCGAAGUAUAGAUCCAGUAUUUGACGAGGAUGUGUACGAUUAUCUUGGAGCAGAAAACUCAGUUAAGAAAUUCUGCUCAUAUGGUUCCACAGGAUCAACUUGUGUUGCUACUCAACUUGAUUACUGGGCAACUAAACUUGAAGUUGACAGAAAUACACCUCGCCCAUGAAUGUUGCUGUGAGUUUGAGAUGGAGUGCUUUUGCUUGCUUGAGCCUGCAAUCCUUCAUCGAGAGGACUUCUAGAUUGCCUGUAACCGGAAUCAUACAGCGAGACAUUAAUGCCUAAAGCCUAAAGGGAUCAAAGUAAGACAAAAGGUAUUUGAGAGGAAUUGUAUGCUUUACUAAAAAUUCCAAUACUUUCGAUAGAUUAAUUUAUGUGCUUAAGUGUUUGUUCUUGUAAUUGAAAAUUUUCUCAAGCAUCUAGUUUUGAUUAAGACUA